AUGGCUUUACUGAGAAGGUCAAGUGUCCUUAUACGUUCUGUCAGCACGUCAGCUACAGAUGUGACAACCGAUGCCAGAGACAGGAAACAGAAGACAACAACUGUGGACUAUACAAUUGUGCAGGAAUACAUCACUGCCCUAACGGACACACCAUUCCUCUACAACAAUGGUCUCCCUGUUCUUGAACAUUUGGACUUAUCUAGAAAUCAGAUAUCAGUUCUACCAGACUCUGUGUUUAGCGGUCUCCCUGAUCUUAUGAUAAUUAUACUUAACGGAAAUUUCUUAUCUGUUCUACCUAUGUUACCUCCUUCUGUUGAAAUGCUCGAUAUAUCAUACAAUAAUUUUGCAACUUUGCCUGCGGGUACAUUCACUAAUUCUAGUAUUUUAUAUACUUUGAAUAUCAUUGGUAACAAACUGGAAGUUAAGCAACACAUGUUUGAAGGUUUAGACAAUCUGACUGUUUUGCUGACAGACACUCCUUUUAUGUGUUGUGUUAAACCUAAGUCGGUUCCUGACGAUAAGUGUCUAAAGGAUCCAUCUAAAUUAAUGCAUUGCUGGUUUGAAGAAGCAGCCUGCAAAUCAGAAGGAGAUGUGAUAUCCUCGUGUAAAAAUUUGAUAGGUUCAGAUUUACUUAGAGUUUUUCUCUGGAUUAUUGGCUUUUGCUCUUUAAUUGGGAAUUUUACUGUCAUGUUUUACCGACUUCUUAUCGAUAGAGAUAAUAUUACAACAAGUUAUUCGAUUUUUGUAUUGAAUUUAAGUAUGUCUGAUUUUCUCAUGAGUAUCUAUCUCAUGAUUAUAGGAUCAUUUGAUAUACAUUAUCGAGAUGUAUAUGCGUGGAAUGAUCAGGAUUGGAGAAACAAUAUUGUAUGUACCAUAGCUGGAAUCCUGUCGAAUAUAUCUAGUGAAAUGUCGACGUUUCUGAUUCUUAUGGUGACAAUAGACAGAGUAAUUGUCAUAGUAUUUCCUAUGUCUCGUCUUUCUCGGCGAAAUAUAUCCGGGAAGCAAGCAUGCAUCAUCUCAUUUUUCCUGUGGUUGGUUGCUAUCACAAUCGCUGUCAUCCCUGUUGUUUCUAUGCAAUUCUACUUCAAGGGAGAAUAUUAUUCUCAGUCAGGAGUGUGUCUUGCCUUACCACUGACACGUGACGAACAACCUGGUUCGGGUUAUUCUUUUGCAGUGUUUGUUUGCCUGAACAGUUUCAUUUUCGUUAUCAUCGCCAUAGGCCAACUCUGCAUGUUUAAAAGCCUUGUAACAAGUGGUGGGGGUCGGGUAGCUUCAUCACAGACUCGACAACGAGACCUGACGGUAGCUAAAACCCUCUUCUUGGUGGUGGCGACAGACUUUUGCUGCUGGUUUCCUAUUGGAGUCAUGGGUGUGAUGUCAAAAAGUGGAUACGAGAUUCCGAAUGAUGCCUAUGCCUGGGUAAUGGUAUUUGUGCUGCCAGUCAAUGCCGCCAUCAACCCUUUCUUAUACACGGCAUCAGCAAUUUGGAGGAAGCGUCAUAGAGUACGUUGA